AUGGCCACCAUUCAUAGCGCUGCAGAAAAUGCGUUUGUCAUUGGUAUGGGCUCGCCGGAAGUGUUUGGCGCUCGAUCCAACUUGCUAUGGUUGGGUUCCGCAAGGACAGAUCCAUCAAAAUACGGCUUCGCCUGGGUCGACAAAUCGAAGAUGAAUUAUGUGAAUUGGGACGAUCAAUACAUGGACGACACGGGCGGAAUCGAGUCUUGCCUGAUUAUGCACCCAAGUGGACGCUGGAAUGACGCAAGGUGCACGGAUACCUUCCGGGCCAUUUGCCAAAAAGACAUGAACCGUAGUGCCAAGCUGGUAGACAAGAAUCCGUAUAAAGCCGGGAGUCGAUUCAACAUGACGAUAACCGUUUCCGGGGCGAAUCAAGUUACUGUGGCCUACGGUAGCGGAGCGUCAUGGACUGGGAAGACAUGGAAGCAGACGGGAGAACUGGCUAGCUUGACGGCGGUUCGACGAUUUGAGUGUUAUGGACAGCUCCAAACUGUGGUGCUCACCGGAUCGAAUUUGGUUGGAAAUACGGCAACUGAUUAUGAAGACGUGUGUCCCCUCUUUGGAAGCGAAAUCAACAAACAGUUUGGCAGAGAUGGAAAGGAUCAGAAAAACGGUUCAACUGACAAAGGAAAAUGGUCUGGUGAUGUUAAGAUGGCAGCCGGCCGGAUCGACAAGUACUUAAAUUUGGGUCGCUACGCGCUGCUUGUGUGUGUAACUUGUGAGCUAAUCUUUCUUAUGCAAGCCGGCAAUUUUCUCUUCAUGGCAUUUGGAGGCGAACCUCCCCACAUCGUCGGCUGCGACUACCGCAAUGGCACGAAGGUGAUGAUGGCCGAGGAGGAGAUGGUGUGCCGCGAGAUGCGCACCGGUCAGUGCAAGCCGAUUCUCGACUACUCGUUCAACUCGAUCAACGUGGAGUUCGACUUCUUGUGCCCGGAGAACGCGAAGGUGAUCAAGGACAGCACCUCGCUGCAGCUGCUCGGCAACCUCAUCGGCGCCCUCAUCUUCGGGCCCGUGUCGGAUCGGUGGGGCCGGAAAUGGACAAUGCUUGCCUGCGUGUUCUUCUCCGGCGUGUUCGGCUUCGCGUCGUCGUACGCGCCCGGCUACUGGUCGUUCACCGUGCUACGCGCCUUCACCAUCUUCUUCAACGUCGGGCAUCAAGUAAUCAUCACGGUGUUCAUGUGUGAGACGCUGCCGGCGAAGCACCGUAUGUGGCUGAACUUCAUCCUCAACUGGUCCCCCAACAUCAUCAUCGUCACGGCGAUGGCGUGGACCGUCCAGGAUUGGCGGUGGUUGCAGCGCUCCCUUGGACUCCUCGGAAUCCCCAUCAGCAUCAUGAUGUACUUCUGCAAAGAGCCGGUCUACUGGCUGGUCCGCCAGGGGCGCCUCGAUGACGCGAUGAAGGUCGUCGAGGAAACAUCGAAGAUGGACGGCAUCGAGUACGACCCGGUCCCGUUGCGCAAGCUGUUCGAGGAGGAGCGCGAGGCGUGCAAGCGCACCGCCGGCAAGAGCUACUUCUACCAGCACCUCUUCUACACGUGGACCCUCGUCUCCUACUCGGCGACGAUGUACUUCAGCUACAUUUGCGUCGGCGCCGUCACGUACGGCCUGUUCUUCAACCUCGAGAAGCUCUCCGGAACCAUCUACGAGAAGAUGGUGAUGCUCUCCAUCUGCCGCACCGUGCUCAACAUGACGCUCGCCGCGCUCGACUACAAGAUCGAGUGCCUCGGGCGACUUAAAGCGCACUAUAUGUUCGCCGUGUACGUCGUGUUCGGGCUGGGCUGCGUAGUGGUGAUGCAGUACACGGGGUUCGACCGCGAGUUCGACGACGUCGUCAAGUACCUCGCCCUCACCGCCAUUUCUGUGGCUGCGAUGAUUCUGCUGACGAACCAGGUGGUUGUCUCCGAGAUCUACCCGACCCCCAUCCGCAACAAGGCGUUCGCUGUCGCUCAGAUGAGCAACAACACCGGCUCCGUAAUCGGCGUGCAGCUCUUCAAAUUGACCGAAGUCCACCGCGCCAUCCCGUUUGGCGUGCUGAUGGUGAUGGUGGCGAUGGAGACGCUGCUGUGCUCGCGCUUCAUCCCCGAAUCGAAGAACAAGCCCCUCGUCGAGCAUAUGCCAAGCGCCGACGAGUCGUUCUGGACGUGCUGCAACAAGGGGGAGAAGAACAGGAGGAAGAGGGAGAGAACGAACUCGUCCACCGCCACCAACUCGACCGAAGAAUCGCAAAAGUCCAGCGAGGCGGACUGCUCGGUGUCGGUCUCGAUGGUCUCGGCGUACCAGGCAUCCGCUUCCGACUCAUCCAAAUCCGAC